UGUCACAUCUGCUGGCUGAGAAGAUGAAGUGCACACAGGUGGCUGUGCUGCUCCUCAUGCAAAGCGUGAGUGCUCUGGCUGGAACAACGACAGCAACUGAAGCGACCACUCAUCUCUAUACAAUGCUUCCAUACCUGACUCAGCCUAGGAAUAUGAAUGGCACACUGCACACUCCACCAAAGCUCUUUGCCAAUGUAUCCGGCUCUGUGGAUGAUGAGGGAACUUGCCAGUGCUCUGUGUACCUGCCGGAUACCACCUUUCCAGUGCAGAAGGUUGAGCAAUUGGAAAUUAUAGCCACAACACUCUCGAAGAAAUUUGAGACAGAGCUUUCUAAAGUUAAAGAGUACUCAAAAAGGAUUGAACUGUAUCAGCAGCAAAUUCUUAAUCUAACCAUCAGAGUGCAGCAUAUGGAGGGAGGCAGUAUAUCCUACACAGAACUGGACUUCCAGUUACUGAAAGUGGAAAUCAGUGACCUAGAGAAACUGGUCACUCAGCUGAAACCCAGCCUUGUUGGAAGCAAUGUCAUCAUUGAGCAAAUAUAUUUGGAGAUCACAAAUCUGACUAUACUGGUAAAUGAACUAGAAUCACUGGACAAAAACAAUGUCCUUGCAAUUCGUCGACAAAUUACAUCCCUGCAGAAACGACUGAAAGAGUGUGAAGAGAAUGCAAACAAAACUACAGUACCCCCUUAUUUCCCACCAGGUACCUGCAUUCACCGUGGACUGCUGAAUGUUAGCCAGCCCUACCUGGUAAAGCUGAACUGGAGAGGAUUUUCUUACAAAUAUGGCUCCUGGGGUAGAGAUUACUCUCCCUCUAAUCCAGAGAACGAAGUCUAUUGGGUUGCACCAUUGAACACAGAUGGGAGAUACUUGGAAUACUACAGAAUUUAUAAUUCCUUUGAUAAUUUGCUGCUGUUUAAACCCACGUAUGAACGUAGAAUAACCUAUGGGGAAGGAAGUGGUGCUGCUCUUUACAAUAACUAUUUGUACUAUCAUGCUUAUAAUUCAAGAUAUAUGGUGAAGCAUGAUAUAAAAACAAACACACAGGUUUUGAGGAAGGAGCUUCCAGGUGCUGCUAUUGGUAACCGUUUCUCCUAUGCAGGUGUAGCAUGGCAAGACAUAGAUUUUGCUGUGGAUGAAAGUGGGUUAUGGGUAAUAUAUUCAACAGAAAAUAAUGUAGGCAACAUUGUGAUUAGCAAACUCAAUGAGACCACACUUGAUGUGCUAAAUACUUGGCAGACAAGACAGUACAAGCCAUCUGUUUCCAAUGCUUUCAUGUUAUGUGGUGUUCUUUAUGCCACAAGGCCACUGAACACUAAGAAAGAGGAGAUCUUCUACAUGUAUGACACGAGUACUGGCCAAGAAGAUAGAAUUAGUGUCAUUAUGGAUAAAAAGUUAGAUACAAUCCAGAGUAUUGAUUAUAACCCCACAGAUCAGAGACUGCAUGUUUACAAUGAUGGUUACCUUGUAAGCUAUGAUGUGACCUUUCAGCCUUAGUACCCUAGUGAUAUAUGCAUGUGAUAAAACUGGCAGCAGCUAAAUUGAGAGACCCAUUAUGCCUUUAAACAGUGCUAUUGCCAGUUUAGAGUUCAUCUGGUCUGAUGUACUGUGUCUUUGGGUGUCAUAUAGUUACUUAUACUCUUUAAAGGGAUUGACUGCUCUAUUUGUUGCUAGUAUUGCUGGCAGCGUUUGGCGCUGCUGGGUUCUUUAGGUUUGAUUGGUGUUUAUGGAUGCUCAGUGCUUUACAAUUGUCCUGCCUCUGAGGGUUGCUUUUGUGUAUAGAUUUAGUGCAUCUUGUUUGCAGAAAUAGCUGGGCACAGCCUGUCUAUUGACGAAGAAGCUAGUUACCCACUGGUUUGCAUUUGUCAGAGUAACACAGGCAAGGCACUCAGAAACUGAGAAUGAAUUUCCACUUAUCUUCAUCAGAAUGAAAUAAGGCCCCUUCUGUCCCACUCUGCUUCAUCUAAUAAUUUCUUGUGUCUAAACCUGGUCUUAUGAAUGUCUUACUACAAUUCAGUCAUGUACUCCAUUUUCCUGGCAGUACAAAGCAAGAGACACUGUUUUCCUUUCCUUUAUGCUCUUAUAAGUUGAUGCAAAUCCUUCCAUUGACUUUAUUGGCCACA